AUGACAUCCUCAGUAAUGAGCAUCCGACGGCUCGUGAGAAAGGGCAGCCGCGCGACAAGCGCUCUUCUUUGGAAGAAUGGACCAAGUCGAAACUGCCCAUCACCUGCCGACAACGACGAUGACACUGAACGUCAAAAAAACGAGUUUACAGGGCGUUUGAAGGGCAAAGGACAACAGGUGGUGAGUCACUGUCAGUCAAACUUUCCAGGGGAUCACAUUAAGUCAACCCGGAAAACUGUGGCUAUGGAGCGGCAAGACAACGAAACUUUUGGAUUUGAUAUUAAGACACACUGCGUUCAGGACACAGACUCUGCUGUGCGGUCUCUGUACAGCUUUGUGAGCUCGGUGAAGGAGCAAAGCCCUGCAGAGAGAGCCGGACUCAAGGCUGGUGACAUCAUCAUUUCCAUUAAUGACAUUUGCACAGAAGGUUACAGUCAUCAGCAAAUCAUUGAACUGGUUCAAAACUCUGCUUCUCUCCUAAAAAUGGACACAAUGAGUGGAGACACAGUGAAGCAGCUGGAGCUUAAACACAAAUUAAGACUUUUACAGUGGCAGCUAAGACAGAAACGGGAAGCGCUGAGCGCACUGCGCUCGCAGGAAGAACGUCUCACACGAGGAAACCGGAGUGGAACAGAAAGCGAUAACUCAUCCGAGUCCCUCACAUCGCUCCUCUCCACUGUGGGCGGAGCUCGGGAGUGUCCCCGUACCCCACGUACACCGAGCAUGAUCAGUAGCAGCAGUAACAGGAGCAGCGGGAGCCUGGGGACGAUGAACAGCGAGGACAGCGACUCCCUCAGCUGUGCGUUUGAGGAGCUCAACCUUUUCUCUCCCUUCAGCGCCUCCAGCGAAGACUCCGGCACUUUCUUCUCCUCCAGCGAGUCCUUCGCCGUGUCCUCCUUCGACUCUCCCUCACGGAGCCGGGCUGCGUUCGGCACCAAACGGGUCAGCAUACGCAGGAACCUCAUGAGACUCCUCCCGUGGAUUCAGUGGUUCUUGGUUCAGUGGUUCAUCCAGUGGUUCUUGGAUGAAUGGAGAAGUGGAGGAGAGAAGAGCCAAGCCCUUGAGGACCAAGUUCCACGAACAUGUUACAGAGGAACUUCCAGGGACCAUGAUGAGGUGGAGUAG